GGGACUGUCAGCCACAUAUUCCACACUCAGUACAGAACUUGGAAUUAAGAGGACUCCCAAUCCAUAGAAUGGCAGGAGAUAAGAUCACUGGAACCUUGGCUUUUACUGUCUUCACUGCUGUACUGAGUUCUUUCCAGUUUGGAUACGACAUUGGUGUGAUCAAUGCACCUCAACAGGUAAUAAUAUCUCAUUAUAGACAUGCUUUGGGUGUUCCACUAGAUGACCGAAAGGCUACCGACGACUAUGUUUUCAACACUACAGAUGCAUUGCCCAUCUCCCUGCACCCAGGAACCCCAACACCAGUCCCUUGGCCUGAGGAAGAGACUGUGACAUCUACUGGCUUAAUCACCAUGCUCUGGUCCUUGUCUGUGUCCACCUUUGCAGUGGGUGGAAUGAUUGCAUCUUUCUUUGGUGGGUGGCUUGGGGACAAACUUGGAAGAAUCAAAGCCUUGUUCGCAGCAAACAGUCUCUCGCUAGUUGGAGCUCUCUUGAUGGGGUGUGCAAAAUUAGGACCAUCUCAUAUUCUCAUAAUUGCAGGAAGAAGCAUAUCAGGACUGUACUGUGGGCUAAUUUCAGGGCUGGUUCCAAUGUACAUCGGUGAAAUUGCUCCAACCUCGCUCAGGGGUGCACUUGGCACUCUUCACCAGCUGGCCAUUGUCACAGGCAUUCUUAUCAGUCAGAUUAUUGGCCUUGACUUUAUCCUGGGCAAUCAAGAUCUGUGGCACAUUCUGCUUGGCCUAUCUGCUGUGCCAGCUCUUCUGCAGUCUCUGUUAUUAAUCUUCUGUCCAGAAAGCCCCAGGUAUCUUUACAUCAAGUUGGAAGAGGAAGUCAAAGCUAAGAAAAGCUUGAAAAGACUCAGAGGAAGUAAUGAUGUCACCAAAGACAUGAAUGAGAUGAAAAAGGAAAAAGAAGAAGCAUCAAGUGAGCAGAAAGUUUCUGUGAUUCAACUCUUCACCAAUCCCAGCUAUCGACAGCCUAUGAUAGUGGCGUUGAUGCUGCACAUGGCUCAGCAAUUUUCUGGGAUCAAUGCAAUCUUUUACUAUUCAACCAGCAUUUUUCAGACAGCUGGACUCAGCCAGCCUGUUUAUGCAACCAUUGGAGUUGGCGCCAUCAACAUGGUUUUCACUGCUCUCUCUGUAUUUCUUGUGGAAAAGGCAGGACGACGCUCUCUGUUUCUAAUCGGAAUGAGUGGAAUGUUUUUCUGUGCCAUCUUCAUGUCAGUGGGACUUGUUCUGCUGGAUAAGUUUGCUUGGAUGAGUUAUGUGAGCAUGUCAGCCAUCUUUCUCUUUGUCAGUUUCUUUGAAAUUGGACCAGGCCCCAUCCCUUGGUUCAUGGUGGCUGAGUUCUUCAGCCAAGGACCACGCCCAACAGCUUUAGCUCUGGCUGCAUUCAGCAACUGGGCUUGCAAUUUCAUUAUAGCUUUGUGUUUCCAGUACAUUGCGGAUUUCUGUGGACCUUAUGUGUUUUUCCUCUUUGCUGGAGUGGUCCUGGCCUUUACUCUGUUUACAUUUUUUAAAGUUCCAGAAACCAAGGGAAAGUCUUUUGAGGAAAUUGCUGCAGAAUUCCGGAAAAAGAGUGGUUCAGCCCAAAGGUCAAAAGCUCAUGUAGAAAUGGAAUUCCUUAGAGCUACAGGGACUGUGUAAAGAAAACCUGGUUUUCUAUAUGAACCAUACAGGAAGGAAAUUAUAUAUUUUUAAUGAUUCUUUGAGAAGUUUAUACACAUAUUUCAAAGUAUUAUUUUAUUUUUUAAAGAGUUGUAUUGGCUCUGAUCAGAAAUGUCAACAAAUGUUACCAAGGAAAGUAUUUUUUUAACUUAGAGACUCUAUUUUUGGUGGUUGGACUUUAUACUUAAGUAAAUAAAAAGGCUAACUAGCAUGUUCUGGUACCCUAAAGGAUGUUCUAACCUUCUUAGUCCUAUUCUAUAUUACAGUGUUCCCCUUGAAGAACUUUUAGUAUAUUAUUGGUUCAUUAAAUGGGUGACAGGAAACCCUAAGAUACAACUAAUAUUUAUGUAUUUAAAUAUGCUUAAUUUGUAAUUUGCUGACCCACAGAUAUCAUACUAAAGGAGAUAAGGCUAGUGGCAGUAAGAUUCACAUUAAAAUUAACUUUUCUCUUUCUCUUACUCAGCUUCUGUUUUGUUUGUUAGAAUUUGUACUUUGUUUAGCAUUUUAUUUUUCUGUAUUCUCUUGCAGAACAGUUUACUGAAUAUGACAAAAUAUGUUAAUGAAGAAAAACAUUUAUUUUUGGUAGCUACCAAAAAUUUUCCUAUACUCAGAAGAAAAACAAAAGAAUUCUUUUUUUGGUUAAUGACCAGUUUUUACAAGACUAAACACUUAGAAGGUUUUACCUGGCCACAUGUCCAAGAUUGGAUUGGAUUAUCAGUAUUAAUAUCUUUUACAAAACCAUGUUAAAUCAUUGCUGCUCACUCUUUAGGUUAUAUUUUGUUUUGCUCUUUAGCAUAGCCUGGUUUGCCUGAGCUGUGUUACAAAAUACAUUCAAUCAUUAGUAAGGUCUUUUGUAUAUUGCCCCAAACCUCAAUAUAUUGGAUCAAUCUAAUUUAGAGACAUUUGAAGCAAAGGAUUGCCUUUCUUUAAAAAACUAUUUUCUGAAUUAGCAUGGUUCAAAACACGUCAAAGAGGUAGGGCUUCAAAAUUUUGAAGUAUGGGCUCCUGAAACCAUAAAUAUUCAACUUCACACUUGACCAAAAUCCCUAUUUGAUUUUCCUGAAAAUACCAUGUUCCCUAACACAGAUAAUAAUUAUCCCCUUGGACAUAGUUUCCAUCCAAACUAUUCUAUUGCUGUUACUAACAGGUAUUGUAUGACACCAAUAGAGUAGGCACAAUUCUAAGUACCUUGACACACAUGCACAAAUUGAAAAUACACAGAUGAUUAAAUAGACUUUAACUUAGAGUAAACUUUACAAAUAUGGAAGAAUAGUUCUGGUGAACAUCAAAGGCUUAGCAGGGCACUAAAGCUGUCUUCAGACUGCUUUCCCCACAAAGUGGAACACUGAAUCAAUCUUCUUUAUGUUUGCUUUAAUAUACAUUGAAGAAAACCAUUUUUUAACAGUACUUUUUAAAAAUUAAAGAAAAGCUCAAAGAAUGCUUGCUUUUUAAAUUUUCUUCUUUCUCUUGGUUAAAGUUGCUCACAUGCAGUUUGGCAGUAGAAACAUUAUGGAAUUAUUUCUUUUCACUUUGAUUAAUUUUUUUCCCUUGGGCCAACUUAGAACCAUUUUCACUUGCUACUUCAGGAAACAAAGUGAGCAUAAAUACUUCAAGAGCUCUUUGGGCUAGACUGUGAAUGCUAGACAGAAAUACAGAGACUGAGGAGGGGAGGAGUAGCAAAAUGUUCCUGGGUGGCUCCUGUUCCCUAUUUCACAAUGCUAAUGGCCUUUGAGAAGUCAGUCCAGUGUUAGUUACAAUCAUAAAGGAAUUUGCCACAUUAUAAGGGAUGAAUGUAGUUUAUCUCAAAUCACUAUUCUUGGUCUCAUUUACUAAAAGAAUAUAGUAGUAAGGGUUUUUAAAAAAGUGUCCCAAAGACCACUUUUAAGUUCUAGUUAGUUAUUUUGACUGACUCACAAAUGCCAGAUAUUCAGAGCCUGAAGUUUUUUUCCUCCAUGUAAUAAUGUAAGUACCUUUCAUUUUCAUUCCAUGAUUUUUUCCUGGAAAAGAGUCAUCCUUUAUAUUUAUCAGAAAUUGGUUCCAGAACCCCAUAAUAACCCUGCAGAUACCAAAAUUCUCAAAGGAGUAGUAUUUACAUAUAACCUACAUAAAUCCUCCUGUAUAUUUGGUAUUAUCUCUAGAUUACUUAUAAGACAAUGUAAAUGCACUGUGAAAAUAGUUGUCACAUUGUUUUGUUUUGUUUAGGGAAUAAUGACAACAAAAUAUCUGUACAUGUUCAGUACAGAUGAAAUUAAAAAUGUUUCAGUCCACGGUUAUAGAAACCACUCAAACCAACAGCUUUUUUUAUGUUGAAAAUAAAAAUAAAUACUGAGGAUAAACGAGAAGACAAUAAAGCUUAUAUAAGGACCAAAGAACUAGUUUAACAAAAUAAAAACCCCUAGGUGUUCAACAGUAUAUUUUAUAGUAAAUAAAAAUAGCACCAUUUAGAUAUGAACUUAGAAAAGUUAGAUAUGAACUUGAACACUUAAUAUCUAAGUAUGAUUUUUUUGUGAAAGUAUUUUCAUACUCUAAAACCAAUGUGAUUUUUCUUUUAGCAAGUUCAGAGUAUGAUUAGACUUCUUGGUCUGGCCACUCACCUGCUGCAUCUGGCUGUUGCCCACUGUCUUGACUUCCAGCAAAGGGUAUUUUUAAAUUUUACUUCCCACUUUCCUCUACCACUGUGCUCUGAGAUACCAGUAAAA